GUGUUCUUGUGUGACUCAUCCUCGCAUUCUCCUGCGAUGUCGGGGCAAAGGGUUGCGCACCAAUUAAGCAAUGGAAUGGUUGUCUCUGGGCUGCCGAUGUCGCCCAAGGAGCGGUCGCCGUCGUUCGGUUCUCGGGCGGUACCCUACACCGGCGGCGACGUAAGGAAGUCCGGCGAGCUCGGUAGGAUGUUCGACAUCCCCGUCGGGGAAACCGCCACCGCCUCCACGGCUUCUCCCAGGCCCCGAUCCGGCCCCCACUCCGGGCCGCUCCCCCGGUCGUCCCCCUCCUCGAGGAGGACCUCCGCCCCUCCCUCCCCCAUCCCGGCCACGGGCCUUAUCACAUCCGGCCCGGCCCGCUACUCCAGCAGGCAGCAGACGCCGGCGGCGUCCCCCGCGCCCGCGAGGAGGAGGAAGGAGUACGGGGCGGCAGUGACGGUGGUGGACGGGGAGGGGUUCGUCUUUGGGGUGUCGAGAGCGUGGAGGUGGGUGCUGGUUGCGAUGUUUGUAGUGGGAGUGGCGACCGGGGCGUUCGUGUGGGCGGCAGUGGGACGGCCGGAAAUACUGGUGGGGGUAGCGGCGGCGGCGGCGGUGGUGGUGGCGCUGGCGGUGUGGAGCUGCGUGAUGGGGAGGAUGGAAGUGGAGAGGUUCUUGAGGUGUCAUCCCAACUCCUCCAUCGACCCAAGAAAUCUCCCAAUUGGAAAGUUAGUUAAGAUAACAGGGCAUGUCACAUGUGGAAGUAUUCCUCUCGAAGCAUCUUACCAAAAGAUUUCUAGGUGCAUUUAUAUUUCCACUGAUAUAUAUGAGUACAGAGGAUGGAGUGGACUCCCUGCCAAGCCAAAUCUUAUGCACUUCUCAUGGGGAUUGAGGAACUCAGAGAGGCAUAUAUCAGACUUUUACAUAUCAGACUCAGCUACUGGGAUGAGGUUUCUUGUGAGAGCAGGAAAUGGAGCUAAGGUUACUGCUUUCGUUAAACCAACAACUAUUUUGGAUAUGAAUAAAGAGAAGAAACAAUUGUCUCCUGAUUUUCUGAGUUGGCUGAUGGAGCAUAAUCUUUCGAGUGAUGACCGCAUAAUGCGCCUUAAAGAGGGGUAUAUCAAAGAGGGCCAUACUGCAAGUGUUAUGGGCAUCCUCAAGAAACACGAAAACCUUAUAAUGAUCGAUCCACCCCCAGAUAUGGUCUCAACGGGAUGCCGGUGGACAAGGUGUUUCUUGCCUUUGUUUGUGGAAGGCCUUAUCCUAAUAGGAGACGAAAGACCUGAUGAGGUGGUUUAUCAAGUGUAAAUAGCCUCUGGUUUCUUCAUAUUUCCUGGGUUCUGCCAAUAUAGAACUACAUGACUCCGAACCAUUGCUCGGUGUUGAUGACUUAAUGUGGUACAAGAGAAGAGUGAAUGGCGAUGAUGCGUCGCUUUUCUUGAUUGGAACUUCAACCUUCAACUGUGUUGUUUUUUUUAUUUUUCCCGUACAUAGAAGAUGCAGAUCAACUAAAAGAAAUGUGUCCAAGAAGUGUGAAUAUCGUGCAUUUUGUAUAUUUGGAAUGCCUAACGUAGAUAUUGUCUCGGAGAUUAAACUUGCACAUAUGUUCCUGCUCUUCAUAUCUA